UUAAAAUAAACAGUGUUCUCUCAUUAGUCUCUUAGCAGCCCUCAAGUGCGGUUCGGUGCUCGUCAACAUUUGCGAAAAAAUUGAAACUUAUAUCAGAAUGAAGCAAAUUUAUUUCAUUUUAGCAAUUUUAUUUAGUGCUUAUCAAAAUUUCACUUAUGGAUUACAAUUUACGGAUUGCGGUUCCAAAACUGGCAAGUUUACAAAAGUCGUAGUGUCCGACUGCGAUACUACAAAGAACGAAUGCAUACUUAAACGUAAUACCACCGCAUCCAUUACAAUUGACUUCUCUUUAGCUGAGGAAGUAACUGCUAUUAAAACAGUUGUGCAUGGCAAAGUUUUGGGUGUGGAAAUGCCAUUCCAUUUACAGAAUCCCGAUGCUUGUGUUGAUAGCGGAUUAAAAUGUCCUUUGGAAAAAGAUGAGACAUAUGAAUACAUCGCUUCUUUACCUGUACUCAAAUCUUACCCAAAAGUUACUGUUUUAGUGAAAUGGGAAUUACAAGAUCAAAAUGGCGAUGAUAUCGUUUGCGUUGAGAUACCUGCUAAAAUCCAGUAAAACAUUAAAUGUUAAUAAACUAUAAUAUAUAUAGAAUACUCGAAAAUUUAAAAUUAUUAUAUUUUUAGUGAUUGUA